AUGAGCGCUGCACCGAGCGGGCGCAGGAAGCGCCCCCGCUCCGCCGCCUUCAUCUUCCAGGGCAGCAGGACCUCUCCGCACGGCCGCGACAGCGAACGGCGGGGCAGCGGCUCCGAUAGCGCCUACCAGAUCCAGAGAACCCUGGACGACUGUAAGAUGCUUGUCCAGGAGUUCAAUACCCAGGUGGCUCUCUAUCGGGAGCUGGUCAUUUCUAUUGGGGAUGUCUCAGUCACCUGUCCUUCUCUACAUGCAGAAUUGCACAAAACUCGAACUCGGGGAUGUGAGAUGGCCUAUCAGGCUCAUCAAAAACUAGCAGCAAUUUCUGGCCCAGAAGAUGGUGAAAUCCAUCCUGAAAUCUGUAGACUAUAUAUCCAGUUGCAGUGUUGCUUAGAAAUGUACACAACAGAAAUGCUGAAGUCCAUAUGUCUGCUAGGAUCACUGCAGUUUCAUCGGAAAGGAAAAGAACCCUGUGGCCCGCCCAAGAUCUUAGAUACUAAAGUUGAGGAGAGUUCUGAAGUACCUAUUUUAGAAGACACGUCAUUAUCACCAACAGAUAUUCAACAGCAUCUAUGGCAGGUUUCCACAGAUAUUGAAAACACUGAAAGAGAUAUGAGAGAAAUGAAAAACCUUUUAAGUAAACUCAGGGAGACUAUGCCUUUACCACUGAAAAACCAAGAUGAUAGCAGCCUCCUAAACUUGACUCCAUAUCCACUGGUAAGGAGACGGAAGAGAAGAUUCUUUGGAUUGUGUUGUCUUGUCUCAAGUUAG